AUGCUCAGGUUUCUGUAUCUGUAAUAAAAUCAGGGUCCUUACUCUUAACAUAGAAUUCAAAAAGGUGAAUCUUCUGCAAGAAGUGUAGGCAUUCAAAAGCAAUAAUUUUUAUCCGGAUUUAAGCUUAUCAUCACUCUUAAUGGGAUAACAUAUUGUUCUGGAGCUUUUCCAUUGCUACCCAGUGUUGGUUUGGUAUCCUCAAACUAGCUAGUAUCCCCAGACUUGACAAAUUUCCAUAUUUCCCUAUUAUUGAGUAAGGUAACACUUACAUGUGGUACUGAAUCAUGAUUCAAGGAAGAUACAAUAAGAAGCUUUGGGUGUAUAUUGGGUGAUAAACCAGGGUGACUUUGAUAAGCAAUUUGAUUUUCACACUUAGCCUUAUCAGAGGUUAAUCAGUAUGCACAUGCCUUGUCUGGGUUCUGGUUGAUGAAGGUGGAGAACAUUUUUGCUGAGGAACACUGUCAAAUUCUUGGACGAAUUGUCAGCAAAUAUCCAUGGAUCAAAUAUUUCUUCAGAUACACCAACAGCAAUUAUACCAUGCAUAGCAGAUUCAGUGGCUUUAGCAUUGCCUCUGGAUUGGGCAAUAGCUGCAGGCUCCCAAAUAAAAUGGCUACUCUAGAACUGGAUCCAUUAUUCACAAAAGCUCUUAAGCUACUUUAUUCCAAAAGUAAAGAUGCAGACUAUCAACUCAGACUAAUGGUUGAAGAAGUUGUUGCCCAACGGAAAGGCCUUCCAGUGAAACAUGACUUCAUGGAAACUCUUCCAGAAAGCAAGAAACCUAGACUGGAUUUAUUUUCGUCACUAGAGAAGGAAGAAAAAACAAAUAAAGAGAAAGAGCGAGAGAUGGAAAAAGAACGAGAGAGAGAAAGGAGUAGAAAAGAACGGGAACUGAAAGAUAAAGAAGACAAGGAAAGGAGAGAAAAGGCUAUGUCAGAAAAAGCUGCUGCAACGGUAGCAACUGCAGAAAAGGCAGAAAAAUCAGCAGUGGUUGUUGAGAAAUCAUCUUCUUUCAAGGAACCAGAAGCUUUAGGUUCCAGUGAUGAUAAUAUGGACACUGCUGAUUUUAUUCUUGAUCUUGGUAUAGCAUGUGUUAACUGCCAGCAAUUCGAAGUCACUUCAGGUAACCAGCUAAUUGAAUGUCAAGAGUGUCAUAACUUAUAUCACCAGGAAUGCCACAAACCACCUGUUAUAGGACAGGAUGUAAAUGACCCAAGGUUUGUGUGGUAUUGUACAAGAUGUGUAAAAAGUCUAGAAAAAAUGGCCACUAAACCGCCAAAGCCUAUCAAGUCUUCUUCACUCACAAACACAAUGGAAAGCAGUAAGAGUUUUGUAAUGGCAUCAAGUAGCAGUAAAUCCAGUAAAAGUGACUCAGCAGACACUGUCCUUCCAUUUCGUCGUGUGGAAUCAAAAGUAUCAUCCAGCAGCAUGGCAGCCAAGCCUAUGAGUGGUCUGGUCAGUCUUGCAGCUAAUUUGUCAGGAAAGACAACGUCUGAUGUACUGUUGUCAAAAUCUUCACUGACCAAGUCCGAACAGACCAAACACAGUUCUGCCUCAUCUUCAUCGAAAGAAUCAAAGCCCAGUAGCAACUCCGGAUCGAAACUCGACCUUUCAGAGAAAAAUCUGUUUGCAGCUGCUUUAACCAUGGCUGCUAAAGUCAGUACCAAAGGCUCCUCUAAAACUUCUAGUGGUAUGCAAAUGGCUAAUGCUGAUAAAAGAUUACAACUGAUGAAGAAGAAGGCUGCUGCUAAACUUCAAGAGAAACGAUCACUUUUAAAAUGAUUUUUUUUUUUUGCUUUAUUAAAUAUUUUUCUACAUAAUUA